UGACACUUGAAAAUGGCACUAAUGAUGCUGAGUGAUUGUACCACACUUGAAAAUGGGAUACUCAGGUAGCUCUGAAAUUCAAGCAUAGAAACAGUGAAGGCUGCAACUAUGGUCCACCAUAUGAGUGGCAAGUGUACAACACUCUUGGUGCUAGUCAUGUAGUACCAAACGUACACUAUAAAGGGAGGCAAGGAGACUAUUAUGUUAUGGUUAUGGACAUGCUAGGUCCCACCCUGUGGGAUGUUUGGAAUACUUCAGGGUAGGCAGGAGCCGUUCGAUAUGCUAGUGUUCACGCUCACCUGGGAAGAACUGCUAGUAGAAGAGAUGAUCUUGAGUCUUGCGUAUACACUCAUCUUUCUCCAUCGAGGCAGGUUGUCUUGGCAAGGCUAUCAGAUGGCAACCUCUCCUGAAAUGCUAUGCUGCUUCUGCCCGCCACCUCUUAAGCAAUUUCUUGAGAUUGUGGUGAACAUGAAAUUUGAUGAGGAGCCUAACUAUGCCAAGCUAAUAUCUUUGUUAGAGGGCUUAUUAGGCCCUAAUCCGGCUUUAAGGCCAAUAAGCACUGAUGGUGCUCAAAAGGGUAGGUUGAAUAUUGAGGAUGAUGAUGAUGGGCAGCCCAAGAAGAAGGUUCGAUUAGGAGUUCCUGCUACACAGUGGAUUUCAAUUUACAAUGCUAGGCUACCAGUGAAACAGAGGGUCUGUAUUCUCCUGCAAUUGAUGCUCUAAAAUGUUUCAUGUGGUGUAUCAACUCAAUCGCAUAGAAUGGGUGCGCAAAAGCUUGAAUUAGACUAGCCUCUUCAUAUCCACCAAUUGAAAAGAUGAAGAAGAAGAAGAAGCUUGAUUUAGAUUUUUUAGAUACUGAUCUUGAGAGCCAAAAAAUCCUAUGUUAUGGUAUGAAGUUUGAUUGGCAACGCUACCAAUCAAAAAAAGUUUGAGCGGCAACACUACCGAUAAAAAGUUUUCUCUGAAGAUGAUUUGGUUCCUUAUUACUUCUAGAUUUUGCCUCCUGACUCUCUUUCAUUCAAUAAAUUAAACAAAGCUUGGAGAAGGUUAGCUGGUAGUUGUCCAAUUGCAGUAGUGUGGAAAAUGGUUUCUACUUGCCCCCAUAGAGUUUAUUUGGAGGGAAAGAAAGCAAAAGAAGUUUUGAUGGAUUGUGGACGGAUAAUGGAGGAGCUAAAGAAUUUCUUUCUCAAAACUAUACUGCUUUUGGACAAUUUUUAUAGACUUCAGUAGGCUUAAUUUACAUAAUUUUUUUGUAUAUUUUUUUCUUUAUAGAUAGGUGAAUGACUCGUAUGUCACGUGUACUUAGAUUGUGCCUUUUGCCCUUUUAUGAAAGUUUUCUUAUUACUUACCAAAAAAGAAAAAGUUAAGAUAAGCCUGAUUUUUAAUGUGUAAGAGUAGUGUUAUAAACAGCCUAAAUGGGGGAACAGAAGUGUACAAGAGGGUUCCCCAGACUAAGCUUAAGCCUGAUAGGGUCAUUAAAUUGAUUAAGUGAGCACCAUACUCUUUCAAAUCACGAGGUUAUUAACAAAUAAAUUCUAUUACUCAACAAGGCCAAGGUUAUUAAUAAAAUCACGAGGUACCGUCCUCUUUCAAAAAAAAAAAAAAAGGCCAUGGUUCAACUGUCUGA